AUGGAGGUCCCGGGUCUACCUCGAGCGUCGUGAUAAGCGGAGCUCAGAUAGGGAUUGCUGUAUAAAAGGCGAGCCAGGCGACGAAAGAAGCAGACUCAACUAUUUCCCAAGUCUGCAGAGGUGACGAUCAAACAAACAUGGCAAAGCAACACAAGCGUCUGGCUGCUGCACAGGUCGAGUCGGUCUGGUUGGACCUGGCGGGCGGUGUCGAGAAGACCAAGCAGCUGAUCAAGGAAGCCAAGGCACAAGGUGCAGACGUCCUGGGCCUUCCCGAGCUGUGGCUGCCGGGUUACCCUUGGUACCUCUGGACGCUUCCAUAUGGUGCAACAGUGCCCUACACGCUCCAGUACCAGGCCAACUCCAUGGCCUGUGAUGGACCAGAAAUGGCGGCUAUCCAGGCAGCUUGUGCCGAGGCUUCGCUCACUCUCUCCUUUGGCUUCUCCGAGAAGCGGGGCGAGUCUCUCUACAUGAGCAACGCCAUCAUCACUGCGGAUGGCAAACUGGCGAGCUUGCGAAGAAAGUGGAAGCCGACCGGGCUCGAGCGUGUCAUCUUUGGGGAGGCGCACUCGAGCGACGACUGCUUCCAUAACGUCGUCGAUGUCACUUCGGUUGGCAAGCUUGGCAAUCUGCAGUGCUGGGAACACCUCCUUCCCCUGCUCAAGUACAACACUUUCCUCCAAAACGAAGAUGUCCACAUCAGCUCUUGGCCACCGAUCUUCCCCCAUGGCGGCCUGGAGCACUAUGGCAUGAGUUACCAGGGCAUCAAGUCCAUCGCGGCCACCUACGCCAUGGAGGGUCAGUCGUUCACAGCCAUGUCCACCGGCCUCGUCUCGGCAGAGGGAGCUAAGAAGAUCGGCCUCGACUACGCGCUGACGGGUGGCUCUCCCCCACCUGGGUCCUUUGCUCUUCCACCGGGAGGCGGCUACGCAACCAUCUUUGGACCCGACGGACGCCAGCUGACCAAGGAUCUCGACCCAGCCAAGGAAGGCUUCGUGUUCGCCGACAUCGACCGGACGCUCACCUCGCUCGCAAAGCAGCUUGCCGACCCCGUUGGCCACUACGCGCGGCCCGACCUUGUCACGCUCUCUGUCAAGGGCUCAAAAGCGGCACCAUUGCCCACAAAAGUGGCUCACGAAGGCAAAGACAUCGAUGCGGCUUCAAAGUCUUCGGACGACACGCUUUUCGUCCAGUAAGAGCGUGUCCGCAGGACCUUUAAUCACCUUCUCAUUCUUUGUACGCUUCUUCUCCUCCCCUUCCUGCUAAUGUUGACUUCGACUUGGACCAAAGGCAAAGAA